CAAGCCUCCAUCCACUACAUCCAUCAAACAGGCUGGCCCUUGAAAUCCUCAUUUCUUAAGACAAGUCAACCAGGGAGGAAUCACGCAUACUCUCCUACAACUUCUCCUAUCCAGAGUAGCUUGACUGUGCUCACAAAAGGCUUGAUUUUAGCCUGGCCACUUUGGUACUCACACUCCAUACUGUAUGCUACGUAGCCAUCUAUGUACUGUCUAGAAGCAGACUAAGACACCUACCUACCCAAACAUCUGAACUGACUCCUUGGGUAGGUAGCCAGCGACGAUGCCACAGAAGAAGAAGAAGAAUGGCAGGCCUUUGGCCGGUGCAAAAGCCGCGAGGAUGAGAUCUGCUGCUGCCCAACACAGCGAUGGAGACUUCAUGUCUGCCUUUCAGAAAAAUAUCGCCACAACACAAGGGUUCACUAUGCGGGACGAGGCUAGGAACACGGGCCAGCACCAAUCAACGUGGGGUCGAGAGAAGCUGAGGGGGAAGCCCAUCACUUUCGUCAGUGCCGGCCUGAUAGAGCCUCUCAAGGAUCUCGAGAGCAAUGACGACCCUAAGCAUGGUUUGACCUCGCCUGGAUUAGAGCAACCGGCUGAAGUUACAGCCAAACCCUCUGUAACGGAAGAGCAAGCCGUAGAGAGGGCAAGUGCAUCUACGCCUGUCCAACAUCCGAAUGGAGGCGAUUCGGAAAACGGGUCUUCGCGACAGCCAGGCGCCGCCGAGACUGCAAAUCACCCCGGGUUUUACUUUGAUCUUGCCGGAGAUGCAAAUCUUAAGAAGCCAUCCUUACCCCCAGCCACAAUUCCCGUCGUCACAUCACCUGCUGCAGAAUCGGAAGAAUCGGAUUCCAGUGAAGUAAUCGUGUUCAAGGGUCGAUCUGGUCUCUCUCGGAAUAACGGGGCAAAGCAAUCCCGCAUCACCCUUGACGAGAUCAAUCUCGAGAUUAGGGCAGUAGAGAGAAGCUUUCCUGCCGAACCCAAGUCCGACAGUACCCCCACACAUCACAAUGCACUUCCAGGCCAGCGGUUUCCUGAUGUCGACCAUCUCGACACGAAGAGCGAGGAGGAUGCCGCUAUCCUCGCAGAUUACAUUGCCAAUAUGGCAGAGGAUUCAGACCAGGAUCGACCCUAUAGUCGAUUGUUCAAUCACAGAGACCUAGGCGGUGAUGAGCAAUCUGGCCUGGACCAGUCCACAGAUGAGACUGGGUCAGCCGACGAGGAAGGCGAUACAGAAGAAGACGAAGCGGACAAGUCUCAGGAUCCAAGCGAGAGCAUAGGUCCAGAUCCGAUGAUGGACGAUGAAACCCUCGCCCGUCUCCUUUCCAAGCAAGAGGAGCUCGGCAUGGGAGGCGAAGAACUCCUCCUCUCGGACAUGUAUCUGGAUACCGAUGACACUGGUCAUGCUGCAGGCAGUUCUCGGCAGUCCAACAAACCAUACAAGCCGCAAAGGACAACAAAGUACCAGAUCCCAAGCGCUUCCGCUGUCGCCGAUGCUUUUGACGACAUCGACCUCAUGGAUUGGAAUCGGCCGAGCCUGCAGAACUUCACCAAGGGCAGGCGCAGAAAGCCAAUAUUCGACGUCGCCGACCCGGUUUUGGAAUUAAAUAUGCAGGCAGCAUGGGAGACAGAUCGGGAAAGGAAGAAGCAGCGCAAACUAGCCAGAGAGGAGCUCCGCGCACAGGGCCUGCUGGGGAAGCACGCGAACCCGGAUGACCCGCGAGUUAAGUAUCCCUCCGGUAUGACCCUAGAAGAUAUCAAGGUGGAAGUGAGAGCCUUCCUUCUCAGCCCCGAAGAACAAAUACUCCAGCUCCCCCCUAUGGACAAGUCGGCACGCAAAAUCCUACACGAGCUUGCCAACAGAUUCAACAUCAAGUCUCAUUCUACGGGAAGCGGGGAUCAACGCCGUCCUACUCUUCACCGCACCAAACGCACGUUCACGUACGUCGAAGACCACUUUGAGGCGGCCAUAGCUCGUGUGAGCCGCAAAUACUUCCCUCGUCUGGAUAUGAAAGGCAAAGCGCCACAGAGGAGGGCCGGUGGUGGAGCUGGUCAUUCAGCCGUUUCUUGCCGGGAGGGCGAAGUCGUUGGGGCCUCAGCGCCUGAGCUGGGCCAGGACAACAAGGGCCGCGCCAUGCUCGAGAAGAUGGGAUGGAGCACGGGGACUGCGCUUGGCGCGAUGGAUAACAAGGGAAUCCUCCAACCAGUUGCACACGUUGUCAAACGGACCAAAGCCGGUCUUGGUCAGGGUUAAAUUAGGACCCUUGAGGCCGUCGAUUCAAUGCCGAUUGGGAUUCCAUUCCAUGCGUGCAUGAUUUGCGCCCAACGGGGAUAAACCCAAGUUACGAUGCACAAGCCUCGUUUUCCAGCUAGCAAACACGCGCGUCAAACCAUACAUCGAUCGAAAUAUGCC